AUUGAAGUGUGGAUCUAAUCAUCUCUAAGCAAACAAAGUUUUGUUUAUGUUCACAAAACCAUGCACACACAAAGCCACCAAUUAAUUUAAUAUAAAACAAUGUCUUCUUCAGAAUCAGGGGUUCACCUAGAAAAGUUUGUAAUUCCACUGGAGGAGAUCCUCUCGGCCACCCAAAACUUUAGUAAAGAAAGUUGGAUCAGUAAUGAUGGAGUUGUUGAUGUCUACAAAGGACAACUACAAAACCACACCGUUGCCAUUGAUCUCGUUGUUCCGUAUUCUUACCUAAGAGAUCGCCACUUCCGUAACCAGCUCAAGAUUAUUUCUAGAUUCCACCAUCAAAAUAUCAUUCCUUUCAUUGGCUACUGUCAUGAAGGCAAUAAGAGGAUUACCGUAUCCGAAUACGCUGUGAAUGGAGGCCUUGAUGACCAUCUCGAAGACCCCGAUAAAAGGCGUUUACUAACAUGGGCGGAUCGCCUCAAGAUUUGCAUAGGGGCCGCAAGAGGACUUGAGUAUCUUCACUCAGGUCUUGGCAACGACGGCAUAGUAAUUCAUAGAAACAUGAGGAGCCUAUAUAUACUGUUAGAUGACAAUCUGGAAGCAAAAAUUAGUAAUUUUUAUUACUCGAUGUUAGUGGAGCGAAAUCAGCCACAAGCUUAUGUAACCAGUGUCAUUAACCCUUAUUACGAGGACCCCGUUUACAAAGAAAGUGGCAUCGCGAACACAGAAGCAGACGUCUACUCAUUCGGGCUUGUUCUUUUUGAAAUGGUGAGCGGGUUGCCAGCUUAUUUUAAAAGGCGCAUUGAUGAUAAUCAGGAAGGUAUACUCCUAAAUCUGGUCAAAAUCUACUAUGACGAUGGCCUGACCAAGCUCAUUGAUCCCUAUAUAAGAGAUGACAUUAAUAUUCAUUCUUUCAAUGCAUUUACGAAAAUCGCGUAUAGUUGCAUUAGUAUGAACUUAAACGAUCGCCCAACAAUGAAGACAAUCAUCAAGAGGAUUGAAGAAGCACAGAAUUUUCAAGUACAUAUAACUUUAGGCAUAAAUAAAGAUGAGAAAAAUGACCAAAGGCCAGCUUAUCACCAAAUAGAGUUUGUAGAUGGUAACCCACAACAUUUGAUAAAUCUGGUCCGACAAUACUAUGAAAAUGGACCUGAGAGAUUAAUUGAUCCAGAUAUUAAAGAUCAAAUUGAUAUUCGUAGUUUCCAUACGUUCAAAGAAAUUGCCUAUAAGUGCAUAAGCUUCAUUUCUAGUGAACGCCCUACGAUGUACACAAUCAUCAACAAGAUGGAGCAUGCAAUUUAUUUUCAAGAACUUAAAAUGUAAAAGAUGAGAAGAUGAGGACUUGUACAUGUUGUACGUAGCUGGUGGGGACGAUCGUCGUUUUGUGCUAAACAACAAAUAUAGUUCUUUCAUUUUGGUUUAUGAUUAUUGUAAUCAUCUCAUAUGAUUACACGUUAUUUUGUGUUCAUUUGUAAUUAAGUGCGUUAUUUACUUUCUAUAAGAAUAUUCCCAAUACAUGGAGUAAGAUAUAUAUGGAGU